GGUGGGUCUGCCUUCUUGCAAUACUGAUAGUUCCUCUUCUCUCUGACAGGGCAACUGUACUCUGGCAAGAUGCUCUCUCUCUGGUGUGGCUGGGAGCCAGGGACUGGCUUACACCAACAGCAGGAAGCUCUUAGUAAAUAGCUCCAGUGUCUUCGCUGUCCGUUACUUCAGAACCACUGCAGUACGUCGGGAUGACGUGGUUACGGUGAACACACCAGCCUUUGCAGAAUCAGUCACAGAAGGAGAUGUCAGGUGGGAGAAAGCUGUUGGAGACACAGUGGCUGAAGAUGAAGUUGUGUGUGAGAUUGAAACAGACAAGACAUCGGUGCAAGUUCCAGCCCCGGCAGCUGGUGUGAUCGAAGCCCUUCUGGUACCCGACGGUGGCAAAGUCGAAGGGGGGACACCUCUGUUCAAACUCAGGAAAACUGGAGCUGCUCCUGCCAAGGCCAAACCAGCAGCAGCCCCUCCUCCUCCUGCAGCCCCUGAACCGGUAGCUGCAGCUCCUCCUCCCCCUGCUGCAGCACCAAUUCCCACUACAAUGCCACCAGUGCCGCCUGUGUCACCUCAGCCCAUUGACAGCAAACCAGUGUCUGCGGUGAAGCCGGCUGCAGCCCCAGCAGCAGCCCCUCCUGGGGAGGCAGUGCCCAGCAAAGGUGCCAGAUCAGAGCAUAGGGUGAAAAUGAAUAGGAUGCGUCAGCGUAUUGCUCAGCGGCUGAAAGAAGCUCAGAAUACUUGUGCCAUGCUGACCACUUUCAAUGAGAUCGAUAUGAGCAACAUCCGGGAAAUGAGAGCUGUACAUAAGGACCCCUUCCUUAAAAAGCACAACCUGAAGCUAGGUUUCAUGUCAGCUUUUGUGAAAGCUGCAGCUUUUGCUCUACAGGACCAGCCCGUGGUGAAUGCAGUGAUUGAUGACACGACCAAAGAGAUUGUGUACAGGGACUAUGUGGACAUCAGCGUCGCUGUAGCAACUCCGCGGGGUCUUGUGGUCCCUGUCGUUAGGAAUGUAGAAAACAUGAACUUUGCUGACAUAGAGCGUGCUAUCUAUGAGCUGGGGGAGAAGGCACGGAAAAAUGAACUGGCCAUUGAAGACAUGGAUGGUGGCACUUUCACAAUCAGCAAUGGAGGGGUUUUUGGGUCACUUUUUGGGACACCUAUCAUUAACCCACCCCAGUCUGCCAUCUUAGGCAUGCAUGCCAUCUUCGACAGGCCUGUGGCUGUGGGAGGCAAGAUCGAGGUGCGGCCCAUGAUGUACGUGGCGCUGACGUACGAUCACCGGCUGAUUGACGGCAGAGAGGCAGUGACUUUCCUGCGCAAGAUCAAGGCAGCGGUGGAGGAUCCCCGCGUGCUGCUGCUCGACCUAUAGAGCAGCUGCACCCCCACACAACCCACCCAGGGCAGGGCCGCAGCACCAGCAGGAGCCACGCAGGGCAUUCAGGAACUGCAGGGUCAUUCCGGUCUCCCUCCCUCUGCUGUGAUCGGAGCUCUCCCAGAGGGAAUUGUGGGGAUAGCUCCUACCUCCUUUCCUGUUCUGUUUAACAAAGGUUCAGUUUCUCACGAGGAUCGCUAUGCAGUGGGCCGACCACUGAAUGGCACUGCCUUUCCAGAGCUAUCUGUAUGGCAUCCUCUCCCUCACAGCACCAAACUCUCACCUCUAGCUUGUCCUGUACCAGUGGAAACUGCUUGCUGCUGCUGUGCUAGGGUACCCUUUCCUGCCACUCCAAGGCAGGUUCAGCUUUAUUUCCUAGCACUGAGGUUCCUGGGAGGGAGAGGAGAGGAAAGGCUACUGUUCUGUCCCUGUUUUGCUUGAAAAUAUUUCACACUCAUCUGCCUUGGAAGGGCAGUCUGGGGACCCCCAGGCCGCUUGCAGCAGAAGUUUUGAUCAGAGCAGGGCCUGAGGUAGGCGUCACGCCUCUGGCAGUGCCCUAGUUACACUCCCUCCACAGACAGGAUCGCAGCAGUGGCAGCUCCCCUGCUUUCACAUGGACAUUGUUUGUCUCUCUUCAGCCUGGUCACUGUGGCGUGAAUG